AUGGCCCAACGAGUCACCCUCCGAAAGCGCCAACCAUACAACACCACCUCCAACAGACGAAGGGUCGUCAAGACACCCGGUGGUAAAUUGGUCGUCCACCACUUGAAGAAGCUUGCUUCCGCCCCUAAAUGUGGUGACUGUGGUCUUGCUCUCCCAGGUAUCCCCGUUCUCCGACCCCGACAAUACGCUACCCUCUCCAAGAGACAAAAGACCGUUAACAGAGCUUACGGUGGUUCCGUCUGUGCCCCAUGUGUUAAGUCUAGAAUCACCCGAGCAUUCUUGAUCGAGGAAGCUACCAUCGUCAAGAGAGUUCUUAAAGCCAAAGCCGCCGCUACCAAGAAAUAA